AGCUGUUGUGCGGCAGCGCACAUUGCUCAUCAUGGCUGCUUCAUCCACCACCGCUCAUACCGGCGCGUCCUUGGAAAAGGAGUUGGGACAGCUGCUGGUGGCGUUGCGCAGCAAUAACAACGACGAAUGGAGCGGCAAACCACACCAGGAGAUGUUCCGCGUGUACGAGCCGUUGACCUCAGCAUCGCCGGCGCAGCAAACACUCCUUUGCUCUAUUGCGUCAGCGAAUCGAAGCGAUCCGAUGGAAGACGGGCAACAGCGGGCUCGAGCAGCGCCGACUGACGGCAGCGGCAGCAACGAUGUCGGCGCACGAUCUUCUCUUGACGCGCUCAUGCGCGAGUACCUAACGGCGCUCGGUGGGCUUCGUGCAGCUGAAGCACCGACCGCGUCCCCUGAUAAAAUCAAUAGCACACGGGAACCACAACCGACUCACACCGAUGAGUACAGUCGGGCACAGCCACCAGCGCACGCUCCUGCGGAGGAGGCGGACAUGCACAGCCUGCUUGCCGCUUUGGAUCGCCUCCCACCGCUGUAA